AUGGAGUACAAGCGUCAGUCUCCGGCCGCCGUGAAGGUGAAGCCGCGCCUCAUCAUCCACGGCGGCGCGGGUAACAUCAAGCCGUCGAAUCUGCAGCCGCCAGAGUAUGCGGAGUACCGCCACGCCUUGCUGACGAUUGUCAGCAAGACAAACGCCUACCAAAACACUCCCUCCCCCACGGGCACAUCCACCAGCGCCCUCCCCACAGCCCUAGAAACAGCAACCCACGCCGUCACCCUGCUAGAGAACAACCCCCUCUUCAACAGCGGCCACGGCGCAGUCUUCACCCGCGACGGCAUCAACGAGCUCGAGGCCUCCGUCAUGGUCUCCCGCGGCUUCGCGAAGCGCGGUGUCGGCGUCACGGGGCUGAGGCACGUCCGGAACCCGAUUUUGUUGGCAAAAGCGAUUUUGGAGCACGGGGAUGAGGAUUUGGGGGGCAACCCUGAGAGUAGUCAUCCUUCUUCAUCCUCUGAUAUUCAUGCUGCUGCUGCUGCUGCCGCCAGCAUCGACGCUCCCUCGGCACAAGGCCACACACUACUCCACGGCCCAACAGCCGAGACCCUCGCGAAAAGGUACGGGCUGGACUUGGUAUCUACGGACUACUUCUUCACCCAGCGGCGGUGGGACGAACACAUCCGCGCCCUCGAACGGGAGAGGGCAGGCCAGGGCUCGAGCACGUACAGCACGACAGAGUUCCUCCCGCAAGGCACCGUCGGCGCCGUAGCCCUAGACGAACAUGGGGUCGUCUGCGCCGCAACGAGCACAGGCGGGCUGACGAAUAAGUUGACGGGUCGGAUCGGGGAUACGCCUGUCGUCGGGGCCGGGUUCUGGACCGAGGAGUGGGUUGAGGAGGGGGAUCCGACGGGGGCGUUUGCGCGUGCUGGUGGUGCUGGGGACGGGUUCCUUGUGCUGAGUGAGAGUCUGAAGGGGCUGAUGGCGGAUUGUCUCCCCUCGCUGAGAACCUACUCCCCCGUACCUGGCGGCAUGGCUAGUCUGCGCAAGGGUGUCAAGACGACGAGGGCGAUUGCGGCCUCCGGGACGGGUAACGGGGACUCGUUCAUGCGCGUCGCCGCAGGUCGGACCGUCGGCGCCGUGGCGAGGUGGAAGCCUCUUUCCGGGGCUGACGCCGUGUCGUUUGUUUCUGGUCCGGGCGGGGAGUUGCAGAGUAGUGCGGGUCCGCGGUGGAAGGUCACCGGCGAGGGUGAGGGCGGUAUUAUCGGGAUCGAGGUUGCGGUCACGAGGGACGAGGGGGGGGAAGUGGUGGGUGUAAGGUCGGAGAUUCUGCAGGAUUUCAACUGUAAUGGGAUGUACAGGGCUUGGAUCGCCGAUGAUGGCAAGGCGUAUGCGAAGAUUUAUCGGGAUGGUGUUGAGGGGGUUGAUGUGAGGGAGUAUUCUGAGAAGUGGUGA